AUGGCUCAAAUCACCGCAGGCAAGACUGCUGAAGAGGCCAUCGCAAUCGUCGACGCAUCCCCACCGACUCAGCCUUGGAUGGUCGACGCCAUGACGUAUCUAGAGGCUGUGAGCGGGGUAUCGUGGUGGAAGGAGUUGCUCGUCCAUUGGCGGAGGUUCGAGGACAAGAUGGAGCACGCAACUGAGCAGCCGAGCAAGAAGUAUCUUAGUUCGAAGGAUCGUCCCGAAGAGGUGAAGUUUUGGAUCAGUCGCGGACGCCAUUAUCCCAAGCCUCCCACGAUCAAGAACCCUGCCCACUUCGCGGUCACCUUCAAGCGGUGGUGGACGCAUCUCCAACCUGGCUGUCGUCGCUCCACGGACUCCGAGUGGCCUCUUCCUCGUGCAGUCACCGAUGACACCAACUGGGUAUCCCUGCAACUCGGAGGUGCCAAUGGCAUAUUCGUUGUCAUCAUGUGUCUCGCCUGGUGG